ACGGGGGUCCCAUCCCCAGGCACGGUGACCCCAGCCGGGGCAGGAUGUGUCCCCUGGGCUGGCUGGGUGUGGCCAGCCUGUGCUUGGGGACACUUUGGGCUGUCCCAGCUGAGAAGAGGAUGAAGGUGGACAAGCCCAAGGCUGAGCUGACCCUCUAUGAAAACCUGGAUCUGGGCAACUACGAGGUGACCUUGGAUAACUACGGGGACAUCCUGGACCUGAGCAACUACGAGGAGCUCUACGACUACAAGGACCUUGUCUCGAAGAUCGAGGUUGGCACCUUGGCUCCUCGCCCCAAGGACCGCAAACCCCUCCCAGGGCUGGGUGAAACCACAGCUGGAACCCCAAAACCACAGCCCCCGAGCAGUGCUGGCCCCGUGCCCCCAGCGCCCAUCCCCGGGCAGGGGCUGCACAGCUGCCAGCUGUGCCUGUGCCUCGGCACCUCGGUGUACUGCGACGACACCGAGCUGGAGCAGAUCCCGGCGCUGCCCCCGGACACCGCGUACCUGUACGCCCGCUUCAACCGCAUCGAGGCUGUCCGCGCCGCCGACUUCAGCGGCCUCGAGAAGCUGGAGCGCAUCGACCUGAGCAGCAAUUCCAUCUCGUGGGUGGACGCGGACGCAUUCCGGCGGCUGCCCCGGCUGCAGGAGCUGCUGCUGCCCGAGAACCGCCUGCCGGCACUGCCCGAGCUGCCCCGCAGCCUCGUCCACCUGGAUGUCCGCCACAACCGCAUCGCCAGCGCCGGGCUGCGCCCCGAGGCCUUCCGGGACCUGAAGCAGCUGCAGUUCCUCCAUCUCUCCGAUAACCAGCUGGAUUUUAUCCCGGUGCCCCUUCCCGAGAGCCUGCGCUCCCUGCACCUCCAGAACAACAACAUCCGGACGAUGCACGAGGACACGUUCUGUGACCGCCAGGAGCAGGGCCAGAUCCGCCGGGCGCUCGAGGACAUCCGCCUGGACGGGAACCCCAUCAACCUCAGCCUCUUCGCCAGCGCCUUCUCCUGCCUGCCCCGCCUGCCCACCGGCCGCUUCUCCUGAGCCCCCGCUGCUGCAGACACAGGAAAAUGUUCCCAGAUCCCGUCCCACAGCGCUCAGACCCCGCUGCUCCACGGAAAAUGUGGAAGUGGAGGUCUUCCAUCCCAGGGCAAAUGCGUAAAAUAAAAAGAAAGUAAAAUAAAGGUUUUAAAAUGCA